GCAUGGUAUGUUUGCACAAUGGGUAUGAACGAAUAUAAAUACACCAAAUCUCUCAGUAAUAAGAUACACUGCGAAAAGACAAGAGCUUCAAGAGCAGGUCGAUCAUGGCAUCGCACACCUUAUUCUGCUUUUCCCUCCUGCUCCUCUUUCUGUACACUGCCUCUACAUUUCCGACCAUUGAUACAAUCAGGGAUCUGAGAGGUAUAUGGUACGGCAACAUCUUCCCACGACAUGGUCUCCAUCUGCUUUACUGGUUUGUUGACCAAUCAGAGAUUGACAAAAGCCAUGACAUCAUCCAAACCCAUUUCGAUCCAGCCAGAGGUGACUAUGGCUUUGGUUACUUCAAUAAUAACGACAGUUUCCUCCCAGCUCUGACCGAUCCAAAGAGGCAAGCUUACUAUGCAGUGGGGGAUAUCAGUAAGGCUAAAUCUUGGGCCUUGCCUGAGUAUAUCACUCAAAACUACUACAACUCACUGAAAUCGGGGAACAGAAACAGGGAUCGGAUGAUUGUCAGGGUUUCCCGGGCCAAUGGGUCAAAUCAGUUCAGGUUGGACGAGGUCUUUGUCACUCAAAUGUAUCCUCUCAAUGACAACCAAGUGAAUUCCUUUGAUCCAAAUCACACGAAUAGUAUUGGCUUCGACCUCUUACGAGAAAUCCAGACGUUACAGAUGGUCAGAGGAAGGAACAACACAUUGGCCGGUCUGGAGGCAUUUCUGACGCAAUCAGGAUAUCAAACGUGCCCGACACCCGAAUUUCAAGUCUGUUCCGCAAAGUCGGUCCAAUUCCAAAGGCUUCAGAUGUUGGAAAUCAGGACAGAGGACGAUUGUCACCCGCUGAGGCUUGACGUCAAACCAGCUGAGAACGGCUACCUGAAAAUGAGUUGGAGCAACCUACCAAAGUCCAUCAUGGACCGUUACAUGGUAGUGGGGCUUUUCAAGGACGAUGCUAGUACGACCAAACUAGCUGAGUCCCCCGUCGGCAACGACACAUCUGGAACCUCAGACGUUUCCGUGGCCCUGAACCCCGGUCUUCAGGUCAGGCUACUUAAAGGGAAAUCUCUCUGGGACAUGAACGACAGGGAGGUCUGGAGAGGUGCCGAAUUUGACGAUGCGGACGGUUUGAUUCCCAUUGUUGUGAAAGGCUACGAUGCCAGUCUGCAGCUCUACACUAAAAAUGGCUACGCCAGCGCUCGCCUGUUUGUGAAGAGGUCCUUCGCUGACUGGAAGGACGUGUUUAAUUACUCGUGGGUAGGGUUCUACUCGGCAAACAGUGUCAGCAACGACGAGUACCAAACCUUCCAGUGGGCAGGGUCUUUCACUAAAGACAUUUCCUCAGAGGAGAUACCUGAGUAUGAUGUCUAUGUUUAUGAGUCCAGUAUGGCCAUUUCUCCAGGUGCCCAGGCCCGAUUCAUGCUGUCGAAAUACAACGAAGUAGCACGUACUGUGGCCUGGGAAAGUCAACCCUAAAAACCGAAGCCAUCUAUGAAAUGUAGAUCAUCUUUUAUCAUGUUUAAACUCAAAAUUACUAAUCAAUUUAAAAAAAUAUUAUUCAUGGUAAAACAUUUUUUUACUAUAUAAUCUUUCUAAAUGAUAUUAUAACCAGGAUUGGUGGAGUUCUGUCACACACGCAGUUAACAAAAAAAUAUAUGGAAAUGUCUUCACUAUCCAAAAUGACAUCCAACUGAUUGCAGCAUUACUGCAAAAAUAGAGGAGGCAAUUAGAAGCUGUAGGAGGCAUGGACCUUGUCUGUCGACCCUUCAUUAAAAACCAAAAUUGUUUAAAAAAAAUUGUGAUCGAUUAAAAAAAUGUAUCCAGUUCUAUUUAAGGACCAACAAAUUGACUACUGCGCCAUACAGGUUGCAAAAUAGUUGAGAAGAGAUUUUUGACGUGCCGAUUCCAUGGCACAUGUUUUAAGCACUGAUACACAAAACAACUCUUGAUUUAAAACAUAGUUUUUUAAUUGAAAUUAUAAUACAAAGUUCUUUCUACCAAUAGCAUGUUAUGUAUAUGGGGGAUAUGACCAUCCCAGCUCUGAAGAUUUUGCUGCAAAGAGACAAAAUCAAUGGAUCACUUGUUCUGGUACCGUAGCUUGUUUCUGGUCAAUAUUGGCUGAAAAAUCACAUUUAACGAAAAAUAUCUCUGCAAAUACUGUAGCACCGUUGGGUGACUUGGAAAGCAAUAGUCAAUCAAUCAAUAAUAUAAUAACACUAGUAAAAAAUAUUCCCCUUACACUCUUUGGAAUUGGCCUAUAUGGAUAGGACUAAAUGGAAAUGUUUCUUACAGAAGGAAUAUGGAAAGCAUAUGCAUAAACAUGGUAUCAAUUUAAAAGUCAACAGUUUGGAGAUUCUGGGAAAAUUAUUAGACUAAAGGUGAGGACGCAACAGUUCACCUGACACCAGACAGAAUCCAAACAUUACACUGAUGAUUUUAUGUGUACUUCACAUUUACUGUACUUUUCGCCGUAUUUGUUGUUCACAAAAUCUGAAAAUUCUCUAGAUACAUUCAGUAACGUAAGAAUAUUCAUAGAGACUUUUGAGUAGGUGCAAAAAAAUGAAAACUGUUGGAGUGAGAGGUCUAACUGAUGUUUCCAAGUGGCCACAUACCUCUCCAAAUUGAGCACAGUUCCUACGUAAUUGAAAUGUAAUUGUAUGACUAAAAGAAGAGUCUUCAACCAUAAGGUGCUUUUUUUUUGCUCUCCUAGCUGUGCCGGAACUAGAGCAAGCACUUGUAUUUGUUUGUUUUUUUGGAACACAGCCCUCCACAUACUUUUAAGUUAUGUACCCAGUAGGUCCCUCAGGUCCUCUGGCCUUUUAACUUUCCCAAAGACUAGGACCAAGAGGCAU